ACCUACCUGCAGCUACCGAAUGAACUGUUCAAAACGCUGAGGAGCAGCAGAUAGCAAUAAUGAGCGACAACACUUGAUAUGAUAUGAAAUGAGUAGAGCGGAAGGAAAGCAUACCCUUGAACCAUCGUUUCCAUAUCGUCCUUCUGAUUCUGUCGAUGUGAGAUGUCCACUACCCGUGGUCCGAGAGAACAAUGCGGGAGAGAACGUCAGUCAACCACUCCGCGGUCCGUAGAAUCACCUUCCGCAAAAAAACAAUGGUGGUAAAAAAAAUGAACACAACACAAAAGGAAGAGAAACAAGCAGAAAAGUUAAUAACCUGUCGUUCAUCCGUCUUUCCGUUCGUUCGAAACUCACCCUCCCACGACCCACCUUCCAAACGAUCAAGGGAAUCAAAAAAAAAAAAUACGGAUGUUGUCCCUUGCCACGGCGGACAGGAACGCCCCACGACUCGCAGUGCAGCAAGGCGAAUGGGACAAUAGUAGCACUAACCAUCUGCAUCGCUCUCAAUCCAGACUACGUUGCAUUCCAUGCGGCAGAUGUAAAGCUGUGAUCCAGCACGACAGCCGCGCGCCAUGGGGCGUGGUCAACAAAUUAGUGAGCAUGCACUGGGAAGCAUGUCCGGGAUCACCACAUGUUUUGCUCGCAAAGCUACCGCCACUGACCUCGGGGACACAACCCAAAGCCCUCGGUCCCUCGACAUCAUCGAUCGUGUCUUCCACCACGCCAGCUCAUGACACGCCACAGAGCAUGCCGAAAAGGAACGAUAGCCAGCGGGAAUUUUCUGGACCAACGAGAAAUACAUCCUCGGCAACAGCAGCGGGAUGGGAACGCAAGCGCAAGACAGAGGAACAACGAAAAAGAGAACUCGAGGAGGACGAAUUUACAGCGAAUGUUACAGUGACGAGAGUCACUUGCGUUGGCUGCGGCAAACAAAUUAGCCUCGAUAAAAGGUCUCGGUACUACCCUGGCUUGUGGGUCAAGCACAGGAACAAGUGUCCGGACGUUGAGAGAUUGAAGGUACGGUAUCACCCCCAACCAUAAUAGUUCGCAUGGAUUAAUACCGAGCGUCGAUCACAGCACGUCGCCAAGUACACCGAAAAUCAGCAUUUGCCAGAUGUUGAAGAGUCUGUGCCUCCGCCACCUCCGAGCACAGUAGAAUCCAGCCC